AUGUCUCACAUCGACAAGAAGAUGCUUGCUGAAGCAGAAAUCCAAUCAAGCGACACAUCCAUUCAUGCUCGAGAAGUUAAGGAGCUUAACAAGCGAUCGAUAUCGGUUCUUGUUGGAGCUUUCUGUGCCUUCUUCUGCAGUGUCGGGUUUUUCAAUGCAUUUGGUCUCUUUCAGGAGUACUAUCAUGCCAACCAGCUAUCGAACAAGACCGAGUUUGACAUCUCAUGGCCACCAGAUGAUGUUUCCCCGGAACGGUCAUUUCCAUCCUCAACCUAUGCUAACUGUUUAUGCUCUUCGCAGAUUGGUAGUUUUGCGAUCUGCGCCAUGUAUCUCAGCUCUCCUGUAGUCGGUAUAUCUUACGACAGGAUUGGCCCGCACAUGCUUUUAUGUAUCGGCACUGUGGGUGUACUCUUCGCAAUUUUCAUGGUCUCACUGUGCAAGGAAUACUAUCAGAUCUUCCUCGCGCAGUCUUUGGUCUUUGGUGUUAGCUCCGCCUUCUUGGUUACUCCAUCUUUAUCGACCCUCACCAAAUACUUUCGCAAGAAUAGAGCUCUUGGAAUGGGGAUCGUUGUUGCCGGAUCGUCGACUGGAGGUGUGGUAUGGCCAAUUGUUCUGGACCAACUGCUCAAUCACACCACACUUGGCUUUGGCUGGACCAUCAGGAUUGUUGCAUUAAUCAUGUUACCACUACUCACUCUCAGCUGCCUACUCGUUCGUGCGCCAGCUAUUGUUAUAUCCCAUCAGGACGAGAAAGACGAAGCUACUACGGCGAAGCCGAAAGCUGAUUUCAGCAUCGUCAAGAAACCAGCAUUCAUCCUCUGCUGUGCUGGUAUGGCUAUCGCCAACCUCGGGAUGUUCAGUCCUCUCUUCUAUGUGAGCUCUUAUGCUGUAUCUCUCAACAUGUCGACAUCAUUCACCUUCUACCUCGUCUCUAUCGUCAAUGGUGCUUCUUUCUUUGGACGAGUGCUGCCUGGUAUCUUAGCUGACCGUUAUGGCUGCUUCAAUCUCCUCUCUUCCGCAGCUCUUACCUCUGGUAUUGUUGCAUUCUGCUGGACCGGAGCAACAAAUGUCGCUGGCGUUACAGUUUGGGCCCUCACCUAUGGAUUUGCUUCCGGGGCUAUCAUGAGUCUCCAGACAGCUUGUAUCGCGCGCCUGGCGACACCCGAAACUAUGGGUACUGCUAUGGGUCUAUCGAUGGGAAGUAUAGCACUAACGGUUCUUUUUGGGACACCUAUCAGUGGGCAGCUCGUUGGACAAUAUGGCUACCUUGAGCUCAGCAUGUUCUCGGGAUCGACCCUGAUCGUUGGCGCAGUAUUAAUUGGGUGUGCUCGUCUGAAGCAGGAUAGAAAGAUGCUGUCAGCUAUCUAG